AUGGAGUCACCUGCGGUGUACUGUGCCUGCGACACAGCCGGUUCUUCGCAGAAUGUGUGCGAUGAGUGGUGGGGGGGACUGACACAUCAGCGAAGAAAGAUCACACAAGAGGUCGCGGUUGCGUUCGACCCGCCUCCCAGCCUCAAAGGAAACACCUCCAAAGACGCAGAAGAAGAAGGGACACAAGUAGCGAGGCACGCCGACACCGCUCCACAGAACAUGCUUCGCCUUCAUGCCAUGCACCGCCGCCGCCUCUACAAGCAGUACGCGCUCGAUCUCUCCUACCUGGCGGACACGCAUGCCUAUUACCAGCUAAUGAUGUGGUGCCACGACCACCACGUUUUCAUCCACCCGAGUGUGGAGAUGACGCGUCACCGCACCGCGUAUCGCGAGCACGUUUUUCGCGUCAAGGCGGACGUGGCGCCGUACACGCCGCUGCUCGCCAUCCCUGAGAACUUGGUCAUCGGCUUCAAGGACGCCAACACGGAGGCCGGCAGCGACGGGGCAGACGGGGAUGACCGCAACAACCUGUACGACGCCAAGCGCGAGGCGGAGUUCCACAAGCUGAACACCGGCGACAACGCCGACACCGACAUCUGUCAGUUCUUCUUCGCCUCGCUUGGGAUGAUCGUAUCGGAUCUGAUCACUGCGCGGAGUAGUCCGCUGACGGACCCGCGCUUCCUCUUUGCCGAGUUGCUGGGGAAGGUCUCGACGCUGCAGAAUGCGCCGUACUUCGAGGACGACGUCGUCUUCGACCCGAACGAGCCCGGCCUCGCGGACAUUCUGUUGCAGAUGAUUCGCAACUACGUGAACGGCGGCCCGCUCGUGAACAAAGUCCCGCCCGAUGACCUGCGGUGGGCGGUGAGUUUGUCCCUGUCCCACUCGACGCCGCUGUCCAUCGGCGCGGUGCGCUCGAUCGGAAUCGUGCCCGUGGUGCACCUCUUCCCGCACGGCGGCACGGCCACCAACACCUACAUCGUGGCCCGAACCGCACGCGACCGCUGCGCGGAGAAGAUGAACGCCUUCUUUCGCCACACCUUCCACUACGACUUUCAGGCGCAAGCGGCGGGCAAGUGGAUCUUCGUGGUGCCAGAGCGCGCGUUAAAGGCGGGGGAGGAGAUUUGCCUGCAGGCAAUGGCGCCGGUCUGCGAGAAAGACAGCGAGGCGGCGCAGAUGUGGCGGCUGUCCUGCGGUACAGCGCCUGAGUCGUAUCUGAGCAGCGCGGAUGUGUACGCCCGUCAGGCGGCGGUGACAGACGCUGUUAUCCGUCAAGGUGAGGCGCUCUGGAAGGCUGAUCGAGCCGCUGGUGGUCUGUGCAGUUGA